AUGGAGACGCUGCAGAGGCAGCAGGCGGCCCGCCUGGCUCAGAGGGCCGGGGGCCCCCCUCCCCACCCGGCCUCCCCGGCCCCGGCCGCUCCGCAGAACCACCGGGCAGCCAGGCGGGCGCCCGGGUUGGGGGGUCCCGCGGAGCCGCCCACGGGCGGCGUCCCCGGCCUCCUGCUGCCCCUGCCCGGCAGGGAAGACGAGGAGGAAGAGGAGGUGGAAGAAGAAGAAGAAGAAGAAGAAGAGAUGCUGGAAGAGGAGGAGGAGCAGGAGGAAGAGGGGCCCGGGAUAGGCCCAAAGCCGCCGAGCCCAGGCCCCCACCGGUCUUCCCCAACCCAGUCUUCCGGCCUCCAACCCCACGAGUGGACAUACGAAGAACAGUUCAAGCAGGUAGGAAUUGUUCGCAGAGUCAACCGGGGGCUGACCCCAAGCAGAAGGGACCGGGAGAUGGGCUGGUGCCGGGCUUCUGGGACCGGGGAAUCUGCGUCAGCCCACGCCGAGAUGAGCCGUGGAGAGGACCCGAGCUACUCCCCGCCCCAGCUCCUGCCCGGCGGCCCCCACGGCGGCCCCUCUGACCUGCGCCUAGAGUCCACGUGGACCGGGGAGAAGAGCGCGGUGUCUCUGGAGCAACUGGGGAGACCGGGAAAACCCCGGAGAAACACUCCAGGUUUGGAAGAGUCUGGGCUGAAUCGGGAGGACUUCCGCAGAAGCGGCAUCCGAGCGACAGUCUCGCUCUACGCUCCACACCCGGCGCAGCGUCCCGGGGGGCCUGUUUUGGGAGUGCCAUUGCUGGCCGCUCUAUCGGAGCCCAGGCAGUGGAGAGCGGACUACAGCGAGGGAUUGUACGAACUGGAUGACGACCCCAAGCGGAAGGAGUUCCUGGAUGACCUGUUUGGCUUCAUGCAGAAGAGAGGAACCCCCGUGAACCGGAUUCCCAUCAUGGCGAAGCAGGUGCUGGACCUCUAUGCCCUCUUCCGGCUGGUGACGGCCAAGGGCGGACUGGUCGAGGUCAUCAACAGGAAGGUGUGGCGGGAAGUGACCAAGGGCCUGAGCCUGCCCACGUCCAUCACCAGUGCCGCCUUCACCCUGCGGACUCAGUACAUGAAGUACCUGUACCCGUACGAGUGUGAGACCCGGGCGCUCAGCUCUCCCGGGGAGCUGCAGGCCGCCAUCGACAGUAACCGGCGGGAGGGCCGGCGGCAGGGCUACGGGACCGCCGCCCCGCUCUUCAGCUUCCCGCCCGCGGCCUCCGCCGUCCCCCGAGCCCCGGCACUGCCCGGCCUCGCCGCCCACGCCUGCGCCCGCCUGGCCCAGACCCGCCCACACCCGCACCCCGUGAUCAAGAAAGGUGGCCCCCUCCUCCCCCGGCCCUGCCCCUGCCCCGGGGCCCGGGGCUCUCUGCCUCUGGGGAGCGGGGCACCUGAUGCCCGGCUCCCCUCCCAACCAGAGGAGGGCACGGUGUCUUCCCCGGCCCUGCCCGCCCACCUGGCGCUGCCUCCGGCCCCGGGGCCGGCACGGGGCGAGCCGGGGACCGGGGAGCCCCCCGAGAAGAAGGCCGUGCCGAUGGCGCCCGAGGAGCCGUUGCGCCCGCCCGGCCUGGACCUGCCUCCCGGUCUCCCGUCUAGGGCCACCCCGCCCGCCGCGGGCAAGGGUCCCGGCCGAGAGGAGUGGCAGAACGGGGCUCUGGGGCUCACGGGCGGAGGCGUCGGCAGCGUCAACAUGGCCCUGGAGAUCAACGGCGCCAUCUACACGGGUGUGCUGUUCGCCCGCCGCCCCUCCGGCCCGGGCCUGGGCGUCGGCGGAGGCGACGGCGGCCCUCGGGGCCACGCCGGUCCCGCCCCUGCCCCGGGGGUCCCUCCCCACGGCCCCGCGCCCCCAGGCGCUCUGCCCUGA